AUGGAUUCCCAAAUGUUUAUGAUUGACUUCAUCCAACGCGUUAUUGUUACUCAAAAAUCAACAACGCUUCUUGAGUCUGAACGUUACACUUUUGAUGUGGACGUACAUCUUAAAAAGACAGACAUUAAAGCGCUCGUUGAGGACCUUUAUGGGGUUCAUGUUGUUUCCGUAAAUACGCACCGUCUCCCGCGUCGAACGACUCGUUUUGGUGGAUUACGUCCACGUACAAAGCGUGCCAUUAUUCGCUUAAAGUCUGGAGAUUCUUUACCUAUUUUUGAUUAA